AUGGACGCCCCGCUCGAUCACCCACGCGCGGGGUCGGCGGCUGUGACUGUGCAUGGCGCCUUCGGUAGCUUCUCACAAGCCCGAAAUCUUACGAUGACUCGGGAGCAACCACUGCUCGCGCUCAAGGCGUACAGCACAUGGAUGCGAAGGAAGAGGGUAGGCGCGUCGGCGCGGGCCGCGGCACUCCUGGACUUUACGCUCUACUGCAAUAUGUUUGCCUUACAGAUCUGGGAAACGGAGGAUGUCUGUCCUGGUGCGCCACUUGCUCUCGCUCGUGACUACUUCCAGCUUGUCAUGGACGAGUUCAGUGCGCUCUACAACGUUGCGCUGCCUGACCUCGACGCACCAGAGGCCAAUGCCGACUUGAGAUCGAUGUUUGUUUUCGAUGGGAAGACAGAUUCGGUUCCUGACGGGCUGUGGGCGGCGCUCUUGCUCACUAUAGGCAAUCAGGCAUGCGUGGAGCUGCGUGCUGGUGGAGAGGGUGUCACGAAAGCGGAGCGGCUUUUCCUCCUUUGCAGACGGCUGGAGGGGCAGAUGGGCGGCGUGCCGAGUCUCGGGUGGACGUGGAGGAUUGUGCGAGACCUCAAUGCAGCUGUCGGCGCGGUCAUACACUGCGACUUUUCUCAAGGAGAAGAGGCUGCCCGGAGCACCCUCGCAGUCCUGGAAAGGCACAUAGAGGACGAAUGCGCUGAUGCACUCUCCAACGAAUCAGUUGGUGAGACUGGAUACGCCCCAGACACAUCUCUGCUGCUGGCCCUGACUCACUACACACUAGGCGUCGCCACAGAGAACACCUCGUGCGAGUCGUCUCUCUUAGACUACGAUCGGGCAAUCGCACUAGCCUCCGAUGGCGAUACGGGCUCGUCUCUCGCGGACUUGAUGAGUCGAACCAGAAACCGACUUGCGGCGUACGUAGAGGAGCGGCAGGCUAAGGCGGCGCUCCUGGCAGAAGAGGCGGCGGGCGCAGCGAACGCCGAGAGGAAAGGCCGCCCGGUCUCGCGACUCAAAACUGGGAAGACGACGUCCUCUCGCCGCGGACCUCAGAGGGUUGGAAAUCCUCGCUUCUCGAAUUUGGAACAAGGCCCGCCCCCCAUCGUGGCCCCAUCAAUCCCAGACGUUCUCCGAGGCUAUCUUGAGAAGGAGGGGCUAGCCACCGCAUUGAUACGUGUUGGCGCCUUGAAAGACCUCUAUGAGGUAUUGGCAAGGUCGCUUCCCGGAUACGAGGGCUGCGAAGCGCUUCCACAGUCCCUCUUCGCCGGAACCCGCUUCGAGGCUGGCGCCCACGAGUCUAUCUUUGCCGUUCUCUUCUGCACCGAGACGCCUUUGCAGUGGACGUUGCGGCUCCUCGAUGCAGCGGGGAACCCUGUCGCCCUCCGCCACUCUGUGUGGGCACCACGCCCAGUGAUAGCUUCGCUGCUCAUGGAGAUGGCUGCGCAGCGUCCGCCCGCACCGCGGAGCACGGCGGCCCUCCAAACCCGCAAAGAAAUUACCGACGGUAACGGCAAGCUGCGCCAGCAAGUCAUUCAAAUGUUUGCUCCACCAGCGGCAGCUCCAACUGUGAAGCAGAAGGCCCAUGAGUGGGUAGACGCGGCUGUGGGGCUGCUUGGACAGCGCUUGAGCCUUCUCCUCAAAACGGAGCGUGCCUUUGAGGAGCAGUGGAUUGCGACGGAGCGAAUUCAAUCCGCUUUGCACACCUUUGGCCUUUCGAAAGACAUCCUGCGUGUAAAGCAGGAACUGCUCAAGGAAAAGUAUCUGGAGGGGCGGCGGCAGGAUCGGAGUGCACGCAUCAUCGUGCACUUUUUUCGACACAUCGUCAAGCAGCGAACCCUCCGUGCGGAUCAGAUGUUCGUGAAUCGGCGUCGCUUUGAGGAGAGGGUGGCGGCCGCGGUGACUCUGCAGAAGUACAUACGUCGCUGGUGCGCCUAUCAGGAAAUGGGGCGGCGCCAUGCAGCGCGCAGGGAGUACGUCGAGAAGAUUGUCUUGUUGCAGAGUCUCGCACGACGGAGAGCGGCGGCGCACGCUUACGCGGAGUUGUGCGAGUCGAGGCGCAAGGAGGACCUCAUUAAAGCACAGCUCAUUCUGUUUUCGUGCGCCGCUCUUCAAAUUCAGCGAAUGUAUCGCGGGCAUUGUGCUCGACUGCGAUGCUAUCAUCUUCGCGGACAGGUGCACGCCGCCAUGCUGCAUCACAUGCGCGACUCACGCAACUACUACGCCACCGUCAUUCAGAGGUACGUGCGUGGAAUGCUAGCGCGAUGCCGGUAUGGGCGAGCCGUGUAUGCGAGGCGCUGCUACGGCCGAAACGUCUACAAGACACAGCUUUGGGGGCGCAGCUGCGUGGUAAUUCAGCGCGCCUACCGCGCAUACCGCUCGCGCCGCAGGGUCGUCGGUUAUCGAGCUGCUCCACAGAUUUGCGGUGGCCCACAGGUAAGUGGGCUCAGCACUGCAUCCUCGAGACGGUUUGUGCCUUUCCACACCGAUGGUGCAGUGAGGGCGGACAAGAAGCAGGCGGCCGCAGCGAACAGGAUCCAGCAGAUGUAUCGCUCGUGUGCCGCGAAGCGGCGGCUGGAGGCUCUCAAGUACGCACGAAGGAAGGAGCUGGAGGCGAGGGAGGAACAACCGCAAUGGGGCGCGCGAUCAACCUUCUCGCUGAAAGACUGCGUCUUUUGA